AUGGAAGAGAUGUUCAAGUUGCGCCAGCUCAGCGACGAAGUAGCAGCGGCUCAAGAACGCCAGAGAGUGCUCACGAUGCAGGUUAAACGUGAGCGGGCCGAAAUUGAGAGCCUGCGCCUUUUGAAGCAGCAAAAUCUCGCCAGAGAAGCAGCCGCUGCUGUACUGUCAAAACUGCGAUCUUCCCCAUCCGACGGAAAUUGGAUUUCGACAGAUUGGAACAGUGGCUCAUUUUGUGACUGUUCGGAGAAAGUGGUGAUUUCACCAAACCCUUACCAACGUUCCAGCAUGGAAUCCAUUUACGAGGAGGAAACAGUGAAGAUCAGUCUGGUCGCGGAAAACCAACUAAGGAAUGGAAAUAUUAUCGGUACUACUGAGAACGUGGACAUGAUUAUGCCGGAAAACGAAGUGGUGAAAGGAUUUUCAAGUAAUCCUAACAUACGCAAAGUCAUAGUUGGCGGUCGUCAAGCGGCGACAAAUGAGGACAAGAUGGUGUUGCUGUUCGGUCCUAUUGGUUCUGGCAAAACUUCAACAAUAAAUAGCAUGCUAAAUUACUUGUACGAUGUUAAAAAGGAAAAUAACUUCAGAUUUGUUCUGGAUUACCCAGUUAAAAAGACAAAUACGCUGACCGUUUACGUCAUCAAUAAUACCAUUCUUCCCUUCCGAGUAACAAUAAUAGACACUCCAGGUAUUGUUGACGAAAAGGAUGACAAGGCAGUUUCAACUCUGAUUAAAAAGUGGUUCGAAAAAGAACUUCGCGAAGCCGGGACGGUCCGCGUGGAUGCAAUCUCCCUCGUGCUUUCACAUAACGAAAACUCUCUUGGCUGGCCAUUUAUAAACGAAUUAGCUAGUGUUAAACAUAUGCUGGGCGACGACCUCAAAACAAAUGUUUUGCCCAUCAUAACAAAUUCGGAGGUACACAGCCUAAAUUCCGACAUAAUUAUCUUCUUUUUUAGUCGUUACAUGAUGUAUCGAGCAUAA